AAUGUACUUCCGCUUCCGGCCUCAGAUCUCCCUGUCACUUCCGCUCCUGCAGGUUUUCUUCCUCUCGCCGAGCUUCAGAGUUUAAAGAGACCCGGAGACUCGAGCGAAGAACCGGGCACAGCUUCGAGCGUCAGAGUGUCGAGUGACCCGGAGACCUUAGGGACGAACCGGGCUGCAGCCAUGCGGGUGUUGGUGCUGUUCGCGGUGACGCUGCUCUCUCUGAGCCCGGCGGCGGUGAGCGGAGCCGAGAAGAAGAAGCUGCAGAUCGGCAUCAAGAAGCGGGUCGACCAUUGCCCCAUCAAGUCCCGCAAGGGAGACGUGCUCAACAUGCACUACACCGGGAAGCUGGAGGACGGCACCGAGUUCGACAGCAGCAUCCCCCGCGACAGACCCUUCACCUUCACCCUGGGCACCGGGCAGGUGAUCAAGGGCUGGGACCAGGGGCUGCUGGGCAUGUGCGAGGGCGAGAAGAGGAAGCUGGUCAUCCCCUCGGAGCUCGGCUACGGAGACCGGGGAGCCCCGCCGAAGAUCCCCGGGGGAGCGACGCUCAUCUUCGAGGUGGAGCUGCUGAACAUCGAGAGGAGAUCCGACCUGUGAUGAAGAGGAGGGAGAGGAAGAGGAGGAAGCUUCGACACGUUCCAGGAGGUGCUGCAACAUAAAGUGAAGAUCAUCCGACCACUGAUGAAGACGACACGUCAAAUCUGAGAGAAGAGUCGACACCUUUCAGUGGCUUUACUAAUUAUGCUCUGAUUUAUUGGUAUGAAGUUAUUAAAUAGCAGAACAACCGCCUGUUCUUGGAAAACAUGUGUGGAACUGUCAGGUAGCAGCUCAGCCCAGUAUUAGGCCGGAGGCGAAUGUUAACGACAUGCCCUGCUGUUUCAUCCUUUUUGUAGUUGCUAAUUUUAUGUUACUAAUGAAUGGAUUCAUUCACAUCCAAGUGUUAGUUUUACAAAAUUGUUUAGGUGGUAGAUUUCGUCAGACGUCAGGCCGGGGAAAAAUCAGGAUAACAAGUUUUUGUUCUCAGUAUUUGAAUUCUAAUAAUAAAAUGUUGACCUUUCGGGAA